CGUGGCCGGGGGGUGCAGCACUGCUGAGAAGCAGCUGCCCGCGCUCGCUCUGCACUCUGGAAGGUUGCGCGGGCGGGCCGGUGGCGCGCGCCGUGACGGUUGGUUGCCCGGUAACGGAGUCGGAGCCGGCGGAAGAUGGAGCCAGAUUCGGUGCAGCGGCAGCUCUCGGUCACCAUCGCUCACAUCGUGCAGCGGCUCCGAGGCUCGAAACUACACUCGGAGCUGGAGCGAGAGGCGAGGACUUGCCUUCACAAAUCUGAGGUUCGGAUUGAAUCUUUGAAGGAGGAUCUGAAGGACUUCUUACGGAAAUCAGGUUGGGAAAAGAAGUUGCAGAAUGCUGUCUACCGUGAGCUGAAUGUCCUACCCCACCCUGGUCAUCCAGCUGCUCCACCUGAGCACACGAAGGAGAGUUUGAUGUACUUGAGACGUGCACAGGUGAACUGGGAAAAACGUGUUCUGAAAAGUUUAAACAGCAUGUGUGCAGAGCUGUGUAUUCCUUUAGCAAAAAAGAGGUCAGCAGAUGAACAGAAGGAGCUUUUAAACAAAUGGAAUGAGAUGGGGACUGAUGAGCCAGAUUUGAGCCAUUUCCGACCAGUCUAUGCCCCUAAAGAUUUUCUAGAGGUGCUAAUUAAUCUUCGGAAUCCAAAUUAUGAUGGUGGUGAUCCAACUGGUCUGCGCAGUAGCUGGGGCUUAAUCAGCAUUCCUUUGCCAGUAAAAGACCUUUCUGAGCUGAGGGAACUGUUUGCUGAGCUAGCUUUAAACUAUGAACAACUUGGAAUUGAUGACUCGAUGCAGAUCCCUGUAGAACUGUUUGAAAGUGAAUAUAUACGUCUUGCUCAAAGAGUUCUGUCUGAACAAGACAGUGCUGCAGCUCAGCAGUACAUUCGACAGGGCUGUCCUACAGGACUACGUGCAGAUAUGUGGGCACUCAUUCUGAAUAUUGAUAACCAACUGGAGGAUUCUUUGUAUUAUGAGCAACUGAAGUCAAAUGUGAUUCAACAUGAUCUUUUAAUUGAUAACCUCAUCUACAAGGAUGUGAAACUUACAGCUAGCAACGAUGACUACUAUUUUGUUUUUGAAGAUUAUUUGUAUCAGGUGCUAUUAUGCUUUUCUCGAGACACACUAGUUCUUGAUCAUUUCAGCUAUAGCAGUGCUUCUCCCCCCAAAUCAUAUAUCAGAGGGAAGUUUGCAUUAGAAGAUUAUACUGUUGUGUACCCUCCAAAUGGUGUCAUUCCAUUCCAUGGAUUUGCAAUGUAUGUUGCUCCACUCUGUUUUCUCUACCACGAGCCAUCCAAACUCUACCAAGUUUUCCGAGAGAUGUAUGUGCGAUAUUUCUUCAGGCUUCAUUGCAUCUCAUCUCAUUCCUCAGGAAUUGUGUCACUUUGUCUAGUGUUUGAGACACUUGUUCAGACCUACCUUCCUCAACUCUUCUACCAUUUGCGCGAAAUUGGAGCACAGCCACUUCGAAUAUCGUUUAAGUGGAUGGUGAGGGCAUUCUCUGGGUACCUAGCAACUGAUCAACUCUUGCUUCUUUGGGAUAGGAUUCUGGGAUACAACUCACUGGAAAUUCUUGCUGUAUUAGCAGCUGCUGUAUUUGCUUUCAGAGCAGAAAAUCUAAUGGAGGCAACAUCACUUGCUACAGCUGAAGUUAAUGAAGACUGUGCACUUUCUGAGGACUCUUGUGGUGCAGUGGGAGUAUCCCUGCCUCUCAGACAGGAGGCCUGGGUUCAAGUCCUAUCUGGUCCAGAGGCUGUAUUAGCUGAUCUUUCUACAUUGAAGGUCAUGCCUCUUCUACAGCUUUUCCUGUUUGCAACUUCCAGUUGAACUAUUACUUACAACGAUCAGAAGCCUAUAUACAAUCAUCUUGUCAGUUCUUUACCAUAUCAUAACAGUAUGAUGAUGAGCCACUUGGUGCCUACAUGAGAAAAUGAAAGAAAAUAUAUGCAUGUGGAUCAUGGACCUGCCUUCAAUUUAAAUUGAAAAGUUGAAAUUAAUGAUGAUCAAAGUCAUGGAUGAUGACCCCUUGUAUAGCUUGACACAGCAACAGACUUAGCUGGUGUGUAAUUAAUAAUACACUUGCUUGUAAUAAAUAAAUUGAAUUGAAACUCA